UACAGAAGUGACUCUUCGGAAGAAUAGGAAUUCCACAUGUUCAUAAUUAACAAAGAAACUUGAGAUGAAGCCACAGAGACUGCUUGAUGAGAUGUUUCCUAAGUACUUCCUUUUGCUAUUUGGAGCUGUGCUGCUGUUGUUGACAACAGCAUUUUCUCUCGGAUGUACCAAAUAUAAUGUAAAAACAUGUCAGGACUGCAUUGAGUCUGGCCCUGGUUGUGCCUGGUGCAAGAAACGGGAUUUCACAAAAAUAGGAGAACCAGAUUCAGUUCGAUGUGACACAAAGCAAAAGCUCCUUGAGAAGGGAUGUGAUGGGAACAUUAUUUUCCCAGAAAGCUUUGCUCAUCCAGUUUCUUCUGAUCAAUCAAACACGAAGAAACAAAUCUAUCCAGAGGAGGUGCGACUACAUUUAAGACCAGAACAACCUGCUGUUUUUAAUGUGACAUUCCAGCGUGGGGAAGAUUAUCCAAUAGAUCUCUAUUAUUUGAUGGACCUCUCAUUCUCUAUGGACGAUGAUCUGCAAACAGUGAAGAAAUUAGGAGGAGAUCUCCUUAAAGCUCUCCAGAGUAUUACCAAACGUGCACGGAUAGGUUUUGGUGCCUUUGUGGAUAAGACUGUCUUGCCAUUUGUAAACACACAUCCAGAGAAGCUCCAGAAUCCAUGCCCAACCAAGGAGACCAAGUGCCAACCACCAUUUGCUUUCAGACAUGUGCUUAGCCUCACUGAUGAUGUACAGAGUUUUCAAGAAGAAGUAGGGAAGCAGAACAUAUCGGGGAAUCUUGAUGCACCAGAAGGAGGACUCGAUGCCAUGAUGCAGGCCGCUGUCUGUGGGAGUAAAAUUGGUUGGAAGAAUGUGACUCGCUUAUUGGUCUACACAACCGAUGAUGGUUUUCAUUUUGCUGGGGAUGGUAAGCUUGGAGCCAUUUUAACACCUUUUGAUGGAGAAUGCCACUUGGAAGACAAUAUGUACAAAAAAAGCAAUGAAUAUGACUAUCCUUCUGUUGGUCAGUUGAUACAAAAACUUAAAGAAAAUAAUAUCCAGCCCAUUUUUGCUGUUACCCAAAAAGUCUACGAUACAUACGAAAAACUGAGCAAGAUGAUCCCCAAGUCUGCUGUAGGAAAACUGCAGGAGAAUUCAAAUAAUGUAAUUCAACUCAUCCAGCGUGCUUAUGAUGAUUUAUCUUCCAAAAUUAUUUUAGAACAUAGCUCUGUGCCACGCUCCAUCAAAAUCUCAUAUGAUUCCUUCUGCCUUAAUAAAAUACAUACAAAGAAUCAACCAAAAGGGGAAUGCGACAAUGUAAAAAUCAAGGAUAAGAUUACCUUCCAAGUGCAAAUUACAGCAACAUCAUGCAUUGAAAAUCAGACUCUUACUCUGCAGCCUCUUGGUUUCACAGACUUCACCACUGUACAUGUAUACAGUCGGUGCAACUGUGAAUGUGAUGAGGAAUUACCAAAUAAAUCUGAUUGUAAUGGACAAGGGAUUAUCACCUGUGGGAUUUGCAGAUGCAAUGCUGGCUAUGUUGGAAAGAACUGUGAUUGUAAGACUGGAGGCAAAACCAGGAAGGAACUGGAAAAAACCUGUCGAAAGGACAAUUCUUCAGUCAUUUGUUCUGGCCUGGGAGAUUGUGUAUGUGGACAAUGUAUUUGCCAUACUAUGGCAGAUUCCAAAAAGCAUAUUUAUGGUCCCUUCUGUGAAUGUGACAACAUGAACUGUGAACUUCACAAUGGUCUAAUGUGUGGAGGGGAAGAAAGAGGCGAUUGUGACUGUGGGAAAUGUAAAUGUAACUCAAAAUAUGAUGGCACUGCCUGUCAGUGCCUAGCUUCAACAGAAAAAUGCCUGAAUAAAUAUGGGAAUGUGUGCAGUCUCCGGGGGGAAUGUCAAUGCAAUACAUGCAAAUGUAAUGGACGCUAUCAGCCCCCUCUCUGUGAGGAGUGCCCAAGCUGCCCAUCUCCCUGUGCCAGAUAUAUUUCCUGUGUUGAAUGUCUUGCUUUUGGGAGUGGUCCAUUUCAGAAGAAUUGCUCUGAUAAUUGUUCAAAUAUUAUUGUUGAAAGUAAAGUGCAACCAAAAAGUAAAGAAUGCAGGGAAAAGGAUUCAGAGAAUUGCUGGAUCUCUUACACAAUGUUUCAGACUGAUGGAGAAGAGCACUAUUCUAUUACAGUCAAGACUGAGAAAGAAUGCCCCCAACCCCCUAACAUUGCAGCCAUAGUGGGGGGCACUAUAGCUGGAGUGGCUCUUAUUGGGCUCCUUCUCCUCCUGGCUUGGCGGCUAGUGGCAGAGUUGAUUGAUCGCAGAGAAUAUCACAGAUUUGAGAAGGAGAAAUCCAAGGCCAAAUGGAAUGAGGCUGACAAUCCUCUUUUCAAGAGUGCUACUACCACUGUUGUGAACCCCAGAUUUAAUGGCCAAUGAAAUGAAACUUCAGCAACAGUGCAAAGCACAAAGAAACUCUUCAGCAGAAAAACAGAAGAUGAAUCCAUUUGCUUUUCUUAAAUCAACCGUUAUUGCCGUAUAAUAUCAGUUAUUUUUGAGAAAACCAUUCUGCGGAUUUUGCAACAUGCUUCUUUAUAUAUAUAUAU